GUGCCAGAAGCCCCCGCCCUGUUCCGCUCGUCGUCGAGUCCACUGCAUGUCCUGAAGAACCCCAUCUACCGCCCCGGAUCCCGUGAAGAAAGAGCUUGGAAUAGCAGUCAUAGCAACCGAACCACCACCAUGUUGUCCCUAAGAUCCAUCGUCGUCCUCGCGGCCACUUGUGCCAUCGCCAGCGCCCACACAGUCAUCACCUAUCCCGGCUGGAGAGGCGACAACAUCCACACCAACGGCACCGAGCCGGGCAGCGUUAACAUCAUUCCGGGCUCGCUGGGCAUAACCUACACCAAUGGCACCCUUGGCUUUCCCUACGGCAUGCAAUGGAUGUAUCCAUGCGGCGGCAUGCCCACCUCCCGCAACCGCACCAAAUGGCCCGUCGGCGGCGGCGCCAUUGCCAUCCAGCCCGGCUGGUUCCCCGGCCACUCACUGGCCCUCAUCUACCUCAACAUGGGCUACGGCAACGAGCCGCUGAACAUGUCGCACACCAUGCUGCCCGUUUUCCAAAUCGUCGGCCCCUCGAAUCUUGAAUACCCGGGCACAAUCUGCCUGCCGCAGGUGCCUUUGCCCGCGAAUUUUACGCCGGCUAUUGGCGACAAUGCGACGAUUCAAGUUAUUGAGGCCGCGCAGCACGGAGCGUCGCUUUACAACUGCGUCGACAUCACCUUCGCCGACCCCAAGGAUGUCGAAGAAGUCACGCCCCAGAACUGCUUCAACUCCUCCGGGGCAAACGAUAAGAUCACCUUCAACAACGUCUUUACCUCAGCCCUUGUUUCCGCGGGCUCUGCAUCUGUGCGGCUAAACACGUACGCGUCCGUUCUUGCGCCGUCGCUGCUUUCGCUCGCGGCAUGGGUAUGGUUAUAAACUCGCCUUUCGCCAUUUUAAACAUUUAAGAGAGAUCGAAGAAAGAGAUAUCCAUUUGCGGGUUUGGUCUGCGGAGGUUCUGUAUAGCAUUUGGCGUAUCUACGGGGGGCCGGGCGUUUGAUCUGUGGGUUUCUGGUUCCGCAUUCGGGGUUUAGCCACAGUGGAAGAAAGGGUGACGAUUCCGCAUUCACAGCGCUACUUGUAUAUAGCACGGCGCUGGGGAGUCCAUGUCGUGCGGCUUGCUUCUUUCUGCUUUCAGGUGGAAAGACCGGAUGAUGAUAGCUGAUAGCGUCCCUAUAAUACCAGCAGCGAGCCGUCGAGCUCCUGCGCUGUUCAUGUUAGUUACCGUGUGGAUUGUAACUAGAACCGAGAUGACCGAUUUGAAUGUGAGAUCAAAGUAAAGAGAUGUUUCGAAACA